AUGGCUGUUUCUCGCAUCCUCAUCCCUGUUUUUCUCACUGCUUCCAUCUUAUCAACCAUGGCUGUAGCAAAAGAAUUCGUAGUUGGAGAUGACCGUGGUUGGGCAACUGGGUUUAAUUACCAAGCUUGGGCUGCAAACAAGAUCUUUCGUGUUGGGGACACACUUGUAUUCAACUAUCCUCGCGGGAAGGACAAUGUGACGAGAGUGGGUGGAAAUGACUUCAUACACUGCUCAAUUCCUCCAUUAGCACCAGUACUGAUUAGUGGACAUGAUAUGAUUGUAUUGGGAAGCACAGGGAGAAGAUGGUACAUUUCUGGUUUUUAUAAUCACUGCAACUUAGGCCAAAAGCUUGUCAUAACUGUGCUGCCACCAGAAGGAGCAUGGUCUCCAACAUCUUCACCCUCAUCUGCACCAGAAAGAGCAAUAUCGUCUCCAACAUCUUCAUCCCCAUCUUCACCAGAAAGAGCAAUAUCGUCUCCAACAUCUUCACCUUCACCUUUACAAGAAAGAGCAUUGUCUCUGACACCUUCCCCUUCACCCUCACCCGUUAGAGCAAAAUUGUCCCCAACAUCUUCAUCUUCCCCUGUGCCCCUUAAAGUACCCUCUCCGCAAGCACCAUGGACUGCUAGUGCUCCUCAUUAUGGUCGUUGGGUGCCGAAGAAGCUAUUCAAAAUAUUUGAAUAA